AUGGGUCACUGUUCAUCAGCAGCUCUGUUAGCGAUGGUGGCGUUGACCCUGUUGACCACAACUCACGGCAUCAACAACAGCAGCGGCGGCAGGGCCACGUGGUGCGACGGCCUCUCCGACCCAUCAUGCCUCAUUGCAAACAGCGACUUGGACGGCAUGGAGUUCCUGAUGGAAUCGGAAAUCAGCAGAAGGAUCUUGGCCGGAGGUCCAAGUGUAAGCAGACCGGCACUGGAUCCCAGCAAAGCGGCGUCGUGUGAUCGGAGGGGUUUCCCUCCUUGCCAUCCCGGCUCCAACAGAAAUCCCCCGGCGCCCAGUUGCGAUAAGACAAGCAAUGUGGACUGUAGGAAGACCGGGCGGAGGAGGGGGAUGAGCAGGGGAAAUCGAGUUUUUGAAGAAGGGAUAGGUCAUGUGGUGGCUGGUGGGACAGCUAUAGGGGAUGGUGACUAA